AUGAUAAUAAAGCAUGUGUCGCCAAAUAACGGCGUUGUGAAUUUCAAUUCAACCCUAAAUAAAUACGAUUUUUUUUACCCAUGUGAAAACUAUUCUGUUUGCUCUCCAUAUAAUAUAACACUUGGACCCGGAUAUUACUAUCUUGAAGCUUAUGGAGCUUCAGGAGGAAAUCAUCAUCGAGAAGGGCGAACUGCUCGAGGUGGGUAUGGCGGUUAUGCCGCAGGGGUUUAUCGAGUAUCGAAUUUAAAGACGAUAUACUUACAUAUUGGUGGGCAUGCUGAUUUAGAUACGGAUCAGGAUAUAAUUUAUCGAAAUAUUUACAAUGGUGGCUCAUAUGGAGUAAAUAAUUUUGAUGCUCCAGGGGGCGGUGCCACUGAUUUUAGAGAAAAAUCAGGAAAUUGGAGUGAUAAUAAUUCAUUAUAUUCAAGAAUAGUAAUGGCAGGUGCAGGGGGUGGUGGUAGAGUGGAAGAUAAUAUUUGCAACGGUGGCAAUGGGGGCGGCAUAAAUGGCCAACCUGGUCAAGGUAUAAAUUGCUCAUCUCAAUUUGGAACCCAGGAUGGAAGCUCUGCUACCACAUGCAUUUCUAGUGUUUACUAUCGUGCUGGAACGUUUGGCUGUGGUGGCUUGCCCGGAUGGACUGGUGCUGGCGGCGGCUGGUACGGCGGUGGCGUUGUUCAGUUAGGCGGUGGUGGUAGUGGCCAUACGCAAAAUGUAAUAAGUUAUGGUGGUUUUGAAAUUAAAAAUGAUUUUUCUGAUAAUUUCGGAUAUGGUCGAGCCUCAAUAACAGUAAUCGAGCUGUUUGAUAUAUCACAAAAUAUAGGGCUAUGCUUCAAUAUUCAGAUCCUUCAUGUUUUAAUGACUUUUUCAUAUCUUGAUCUUUUUUUCUUGCUUUUAAACUGUUACUGUUACGAUUAUUAUAUUUCUACUUCUAACUCAUGCUUUCUAUGUAUCAAAUUAAGAAAGGAGUAA